AUGUUUCGCGCCAGAAAGGACUGGUUUAGAGCUUUGAACCAAUUUAAACUCGCUAAAAUUGGGAAGCCAUUUUCGAGCAAUCCCACUACCACGGGCUCCACCAGCAAAGGAGGCGGCAGCGGCGGCGGCGACAAGACUGAGUCCAGUUUAACUAAGUAUGACGAGUCGUAUCGGCAGUUAGACAAUCUCGACUUCAUGACCGCCGCUAAGAUCCUCUUUACUGAUCCUCCCAAGGAAAAGAAAUUUGGGCAUUUUGUCGAACACUUUUAUGAACUUGAGGUAAAGAAGAAAAAGGAAGAUGAAAAGAAAGCAAAAGAACUUGAAUUGAAAGCUAUUGAAGAAAAAGAAACAGGUAAUCCAGAGUUAUGGGAGGUGAAAACAAGGCUAGAUAAACUAGAGGAAUCUCUCAAAAAAAUUGUGGCCGAGUCAAAACAGCCAGGCAAUGGAGCGGUGAAGAACAAUGAAAGAGAUGUGGAGAAAAAAGAUUUUGCAAGGACUGAGACAGGCAGCAGUAAAGAGUAA